GGGUGCGAGAGCGACCAGCCAGUCUACCCCGGGUGCUCGGUCAGGACUGACUGUACCCAAGAAGACUAACUCACUGCGGGUUAUAUAGACAUUUGUUUUUUGCAAUGGUGCUGAUGGACGGGUAGUCAAAUAUGGGGGACACUGAUGCUCCCUUUGUGUUCUCCUCCCCGCCCUCAGUGCCAAGGGAGAGAGGGGGAGACAUUCUGGUGAAGGUCCAGGCUGUGAGCUCCAACAACCCAUGUCUGCUGGUCAAGUCCUACAGGCUGUAUUCAAAAUCAUCGGUUCUUGAUGUCAGGAAGAAGAUCCAGCAGGAAUUUAACCAAGUGUUUGAAAAUGGCUUCGUCUUUCUUUGCAAGAACAGAGAGAUUCUCACUUCAAAUGAAAAGGCUUUAAGUUUAAGUGACGUCCUUCCAAAAGCUGGACUGGGGAAACCCACAAAGAACAAUUUCCAGUAUCCAUCUGAUGUAUCUUACAAAGACCUACCCUUUGAAAAGGACGGACGGCGUUACCUGGUGACAUGUAUAGGACUGCUGUUCCUGUUUGAUGCAAGUGGAGUGAGUCACUGGAAUCUUGAUGCCCUCCAACAGAAGUUGGAUGCACGAAGUAUGUUCGGCUUCUCCUUCAUACCAACAGAUAUCACGUCAGCUCGACCUGACAGCAAUGAUUCCGUGGUCGAGGAACUGAGCCAAUAUGCUGCAAUCGCAAAGUUGGAGGUUGAAGAAAAAUCAAAGGAUCAUAAAACUAAACCCGAAACAAGCCAGAUUGAUUAUGGUAUCUAUAAAGAAAAGAUAGAGUGUUUGCUGCAAAAUAAAGGGAGAAAUGUGCGGGAAGAACAGCUUAAAGAUCAGCGGCUGGCUACACCUCUUCACUAUGCAGCACAAGGGGGACACCUGAACAUGUGCCAGUUUCUCUGCAUGCGCCUGGACAAAUACAAACUGAUGUAUGAGAAAGACAUUAAUGGUCGGACACCACUGCACUGUGCCCUCUAUCAACAUGGAAUCAAGUCCAACAGGGAACAUCUGAAAGUAGCUGCAUAUCUGCUGUCAUUCCAACCUGACCUGGAUUCCCCUGACGUGAAUGGGAUGAGCUGUUACUACAUGAUCCUAAGCCUGAAGAAGGAAGACACUGUCUACCUAAUGAAGCAACUUGAUCCAGAUAUCAUUGAUCAGAAACUGGUGCUCCAUUUUACAUGUUGUGCACUUCAGUACAAAGAGCUCAAACAUGCUCUCAGGUUCUGUGAGGUGGUGCCAACGGUUGAACCCACAUUCCUGCGACCACCUCUACAUCUUGCUGCAGAAUUUGGCAACCUCAAAAUCAUCCAGAAUCUUUUAAAUGGUGGUCAUAGUGUUCUGGACAGAGAUCCUGAUGGCCAUCUGCCUUUCCACUAUGCUUGUCAACACAACAAGUUGGAGUUUGUGAAACUUCUCAUUAACAAGGACAUGAAUACACAGGAUGUUUCUAAAGGAGUACGAUUGGCACUUAACAACAGAAACUUUGAAUUAAUUGGACAGAUUGCAGAUAUGGACGUGGAUAUGGAUCUUGAUCAAGAAACAUUCAAGACACUGUUGACUCAAGCACAGAAGAACCUGAAAUGCGGACAAUCUCUCCUCAAGUGUUUCAAGACAAAUCCUGAACAACUUUCUCAAUUUGUUGGCCAAGCUGCCUAUCUGGGUCUAACAGACCUACUUGUGUAUUUGCUGAAAAGAUGCCCUCCUGAUUCUACUGAUAGUAUGAUGAGGACACCCUUGCAUGAUGCUGUUCAGGGCUGGAAUGUUCGAGGGAGCGAUGUGAAAAGGGACAAGAAAAAUAAACAGUGCCUAAACGCAUUUAAGCUACUUGUUAAUGAGACAAAAACCUUGAAUGUUGUAGACUGGAGAAAUUCAACCCCUCUUCACUAUGCCUGUAUGGAAGGCAAUCUGGAAUUUGUGAAGUUCAUGCUUUCCCAACAGGAUCUGAGUUUUGCAUCAGUGAGAGACUCCAUGGGUCGGACUCCUUUGUUGCUUGCUGCACAUUAUAAGAAAGGUAGAAAGGUCCUGGAUUAUAUGAUAAAUCAUCAUCUGGAGCACUUGGAUCCUUAUGCCAUGGACGCGUAUGGGAAGAACAUACUGCAUUAUGUUGGAUAUAUGAAUUUCGGGCUGAUUGAUGUACUUUUGAGGAAAAUGAAAAAACUUCCAAAAUCACCCACAGACCCAUACAAAGCUAAGGAUGGCUUUCCCUCGAGACCGCAUGGCAAGGUGUCAUGGGCUACAUCAUAUGACAAGACAUAUUUCGAAGCAAUGGACAAUGGACAUUGGAAAUGUCGUUUUUGUGAGGCAACGUUUGCAGACAGCGGCGGUCACUUCUGUGAGGUCAUGUUACAAACUUUGCCUCCAAAUACUUGCCUGUCCCCACUUGAAACAUUAAUCAUAAUGAACAAACCAGAAACUUUGAAGAAACUGGUGACAGAAAUGCCAAACCUACUGGAUGGUGAAGACGGUGUGAAGGCAAGAUUCUGUGCAGUCAGGCUAUGGAGACUCAGGUGUGCUGAUGUUUUGAUGUCUAGUAUUCUAGAUGAACUUCAAUAUCUUGACAAGUAUCUCUUGGCAGCUCUGGAAAUGAAGCCCACUGAGGUGUGGCGUGAGCCCAAACAGCCACGUAAACAGAAACAAUGCCUUUUAACAUCAUUAAGGACCAAACCAGAUGCUGAAGAACAAAGAAGACAGUAUGUUAUGGUUGACUAUCUUUUGAAACUAGGAGCAAAUCCAAAUUAUAUUCCACCCCAAUGUGGAUAUAGAUUCGGAUCCAAAACCAGGUUAUCACCUGUAAAAAAUUCUGAUAUCCCCUCAUCUUUGAGGAGGUAUUGCACUGCUCUGGAAAGAGCGAUCAUUAUUGGUAAUGAGAAAGUAGUUGAUCUACUAUUGAAGAGUCAAUGGACAAGUACAAUGGGAUCCUUUGCAAUCCAUCUUGCUGCAAAAUCUGGAAAUGUUCCACUGUUACAGAAACUGUUGCUGAUGUACAACGAGGAACAGAAGAGGUUUGGCAUUCCGGAUACACAGUUGACCUUUAUCAGCAUUUUACCAAAUGGAAUCUUAGGAGCAGCUUGCGUUUCAGAAAAGCCAUCCUUUGGACUGUUUAAAACCAUCAACGAAACUGCACCCGGAAUUUUGAAGGGAACAAAGUUAAUGACAGCCAAAUUAUUGGGCAGUUUAAGACCUGUAAUGCUUGAAAUACUUCAGAUUCAUGAUCACCUUCCUUUGGUUCUCUUCAUACAGAAAUGGCAGCAACAUCUUAAACCUGAAGAAAAGGAAGCAAUUGUUUGUUUCAUCCUGCACAAUGGAUCAUACCCUGUGGAAAUGAGGGUAAAGAAGACGUCAUUUAAACAUCCUGCAUGUGAAUUCUUCAGAGCUGCCCAAGUGAAAAGGAUGUGGAACGUUAUUGCAAUAUUACUGAAACGAUCAGGAUCAACACUAAUGAAAUGUCUGCUUGGGUUCAAUGAGAACAAAAUGAGAUGCCGUGAGUACUUAUUCAACAGAUUUGGAGAAGGGUAUCUCAUCCUGAAGCAUAUUUUCGAUUGCAUGUCCACAAGCCCCAUAGAGAUCUUGAGCAUGCUCACCAAUGCCUGUAUGAAAGCUAUAACAUCAGCAGAUCAGGAUGCGAAAGAACAACUGGUUAGAAGGAUGUUGAGUCCAUAUGGACGAGACAGUUCUGCUGGUUCAUCAUCCUCUGCUCCUUCGCCAUCCUCGUCUGAUGUCAACAGUGUUACAAGUGAUGAUGCCAGCCCAGGUGACACAACAAAGUUGUUUCUUGAACAGUUGGUUCGCAUGUUGUGGUGGCGACGAAAACCUUCAAAUAUGUUGCUGUUUGAUCAGCGAAAAAAACAAAGAUUUCCAUCAUUUCUAAGUGAUGAGAAAAUGCCAGAUGCUUCCGAAUUCGGAACAUUAUCUAUUGAACAGAUGAGGACUGUUGGGAAUAAAUUAGACGUGAAUGCAUCAGUGCUGAAAGAACUUAUCCAACUGCGGACACUUGGAUUGUUUCAAAAAAGGAAUGCCAAAGAUGCAUCAUUGGAAGAAAGGCUGAUAGGCAUACUCCAACGUCUUCAUCGACGCCAUAUCCAUAUUUCAGUUCUGCAUCUGGCUGUCUGGUUUGGAGAGCAUGAACUCGUAGAACAUAUAGUAAAAGCAAAUUGUGACACUGAGUUAUCUCAUACGGACAUGGCGAAGGCUGUUGAUCUUGCUGCAUGGAAAAAUGACAAAAAGAUGGUACAUCUCUUAACUAAACAUGGAGCAGUGCCAACAGCAAUGACAGUUCUGUGUGCAUGUCUUGGGAUAGAGAAUGACCAAGAAUUACACAGGAUAGACCAAGAUGAUUACAACCCAUUGACAACCUACUUAAGGAAACAAAACCACCAUCUUAGAAAACACGUGGGAUACGUAUCCAGAGAAGAUACAGGAGAAGAAAAAACGAAGCUUGGACUUAUCAAAUACAUUUGUGAGAGCAUACGUGUAAAGGAUAUCCCUCCAAGAAAUCAAGAAGCAUUACAAGUGGCAGCAAUGGAUCACAACUGGACACUGGUUGACUACUUCCUGGACCAGGGUACAGCUGUUUUAGAGCCGCCUGAUUUUAAGGACAAUGCCGACAGCUCCCUUGAUGAAUCUGAAGCGGACCCGUAUGGUGUACGAUAUUCUGAUGCUGUCAAAACUGCAUGCAUUGGGCUACAGGAGAUUCUCUCGUUGGGUACUGCCGACCUAGCUCUAAAGGCUCUUAAAAGCAUUCAUGAAGUGAAAUGGGAUGACUUGCCAAUGAAAAAUUGCAUCAUUUCAGCUAUAAAAUCAGGGAACGUUUCUGUUGUUGAACACAUCGUGAAGGAAGUAUUAUGUAAAGUACAUUCAAAACCUGGGAAAACUGACGAAUUUAAUGACAUGUAUAGAGAUGUCAUUCCUCAUCUCUGCAAAAACAAUGACAUUAGUAAUGUCAAGCUGAUGCUACAACACUUGAAAGAUGAACGUGUUGACCUCUUGGAAAUCAUAAACCUUAAUCAAUUUGACUCAAUCAGCACCCCUAAUUAUGCAUUGAGACACAAACAUUGGAAGCUUGCAGAACUGUUGCUCUUGAAUGGAGCUUUUCAUGGUUUGCGCGGUUGUGAACCAUGGCGUGAAUAUCCAUACAAUAGGAAUUGGGAUGUUUACAAGGGUUCGCGCAGCAGAUUUCCAUAUCAACCAAAUGGUGCGAUUUUUCCAGUUGUACCUGAUCUGGAUACAAAAAGGACAUUUCAAUCAUUGCCUGAAAAGACGUUUUUUUGUGCCCUUCAAAGUGAUUCAAGAAAUGUUGCUAUUGCACUAGGGUCUAAAGGUACUUCAUUCCCGGAUUCAGAGUCACUGUUAGAUUUGCGGAAAACAGCAUCACCAUGCUCUCACAUUGAACCACCAAAAUUGGUUGAAAAGGGGGAACCAAUACAACAUGCCAUGCUUAAGAGAGUCAAAUACCUGAUAGGUUUAACAUGUUUUACAACAAGAAGGGGAGGAACAAUCUUCCAUACAGCUGUCAUUGUAGGUGAUAUUCAUUUGAUGACAGAUAUAAUAGCACAACCCAUGUUUACAACUAUGAUGAAACAAGUUGACUGUGUAUCACCAGUGGUACUGGGAAUUAGUAAUCAGCACAUCAAGGCGGUUCAGCUUUGUUUGAAAUACCCUGAACUCAUAUCAGAUCCAGUUACAGCUGCUGAAAGAGCAAGUGAAGCAAUUAUUUCCUUGGUGCCAGGUAUUGACACUGUCAUUGCAAAACUGUGGAGAAGAAAACGGCUGGAGAAGGAGCAAGAGUUGAAGAAAAGAGUAUGCUCGUUAUAUGAUUCUCUGAGAUCACAUUACUUCAAAGGAAUAGAGCUGCGACAUUUUCCUUAUUCAUCGCAGUGUUCCCUCGAAGAGCUAGCAAACUAUGUUUUGGAUAUUCUUUUCUUGUCUAAGGAAGAACAGAUCCCAAAUGUUGUCUUGACAGUUUUGGCAUUGCUGAGCAAACCUAGCCUAUUUGAACGAUUAGAGAGAAGAAUGAAAUUAUUCCACAGGAAACCAAAUCUUACAUCCAUGCCGAUCAUAGAGGGUUGGACAACUGCUGAUUUGAUCUGUCAUCCAAAUAAUGACAAGGAACCGCGUGAUGUAUAUGAAUGUCUGAAACAUGUGUUUAGAACAGGAACAUUGCAGUUUGCGGAAGAUACACUGGAAUUGCCAGUGAUGAAGCAAAUUAUCACAUAUGCUUUACUGAAUGAUGUUGCCAUUAUCAUGCCUAUGGUAAAGGAAUUGAUUGCACACACUUCUAAAUCUGUAGCAAAAACGGACUCUUUCGUUGAAUUGCUGAAGUUGGCAAUUGAGCCGUCGAAGGACAAACAUGGUGAAAGUGUUCUCCAUUGCCUGGCAAAGACUGGUGACGCUGAAUCCAUGUACUGUAUUUUGCAACAUCUGAAAAAGGGAGGAAUUCAGAGUCACAACAUACGAGAUGCAUCUGGUUCCAGUCCUCUGUGGUAUGCAUUAGCUCACAAGCAUUGGAAACUUGCAGAAUUGCUUCUGAUGAAUGGGGCUUCCCUUUCUUUGAUAAAGGCAUUUCCAGAUUUUGAAAUAAGGAAGACAUGUUAUGCAGCCACAGAAGGACCUUCAUUGGUGACACGUCCAAAGCAGUUUCCUGGGUUAUGCAACAACUCAGAUAGGGUUGGAUUGGCACUACAGUCCAACAGUGGGGUGUUCAUGACACCAAGUUUUGAGAGACUUAAAGAAGAGGUAAGCUCACAACCAAAUGAUGAUUCACCACCAGUAACUGUUCUAGGUGCCAAAGAGACCGUUUCCAGGAUUCCGGAAUUAUUAUGCAACAAUUCUAGGAGGGUUGCAUUGGCACUGCAGUCCAAAAGUGAAGUGUUUUUGAAACCUAUUUUAAAGCAAUUUAAAGAGGAGAUGAGCUCGCAACCAAAGGAAUAUCCAUCAUCAGUGACUGUUAAAGAUGCAAUGUCAAAGAGAGUUCAAUACCUUAUGAACUUGUCACACGUUGGAAGUGAUAUUAAGGGAAAUAUCUUCCAUGCAGCAGUGAUCGCUGGUGACACAGCUUUGGUGAAAGAUUUGAUGACACAGCCAAUGUUUUCUAGCAUGAUGAAAACAACAAAGGGUUUACCACCAUUUGCUUUAGCAGUUUCAAAUCUUGACAUUAAGAUGGUAAAACAAAUUCAAACGUCUUCAAAGCUAAUUAAGGAUCCAAUCACAAUAGUAGAGAAAGCAAGUCAAGCAAUUAUCUCCUUGAUCCCAGGCAUUGAUGGUGUGAUAGAAAAGCUUAGAAAAUGGAAGAAGGUAGAGAAAGAUGCAGAUGUAAAGGAAAAGAUUUCUUCACUGCACACCGAUAUAAAGUCACAUCACCUCAAAGGAGAACAAAUGAAGUUCUUGCUAUCUAGAAAGCAAUGUCCUCUUGAGGAAAUUGUCAAAGAGGUUUUAGACAUAUUGCCCCUGUCUCAUGAUGUCAAGAUCCCAGACGUCUUGCUCAUAGCAUUAGCUUUACUGUGCAACCCUGAUAUCUUUGUCCAUCUAAAAGGAAGACUGAAGAACACAUUUCAGAGACAAUCAGAUGUUUGCUCAAGGAUAGUCAUCCACGGUUGUACAUUAACCGACUUGAUCAUACUUCUACAGGGCCAUAAAGACGAAGUAUCCAAAUCUUUGACAGUGUUGGCCAUGAUUGGUACUCUACAUGUUGAUGACAACACCCUGGUAUUGUCUGUGAGAAUGAAUCAUGUUUCAUUUCUGAAGAUUGUUGCAGAGAGUUGCCUUAAACGGUUCCCAGAAAAGAUGUUAACCAAACAAUGGAUUGAUGUGUUUACAUUUGCUGCUUCUAAAGGAAAGAUUGACCUGCUUAGGAUAAUGUUGACAGUUUUUGAGAAGAACAGCCCAAGUAAUAUCAGUCAGCUGUUGAAUGAGGUAUUUUGUGUCACUUCAUCACAAGGUCAUACAAAUACUUCCGAAGCUCUGCUAACAUUCGCCACAAACACAGGAACAUCAAAUGCUAUCGACAUAAAUUCAGCAGCUGUGAAAGCAGCCAGGAGAGGAAUGACUUCUGUUUUGAAGACAUUACUUGAACUGUUUCAGAGGAAUCAAUUGUUGAGUGAUGACAUGCUAUCAACACUUUUAGAGCUAACAGGUUUCAGUGGAUCGGUAUCUGCAUUCAGGGUUGUCCUUGAAUUUGGAGAUGAGCCUUUAAGGGAGAAGAAAGCAACACUAACUAAAUGCGUUCCAAGGGCACUUAUGAAUGGCAUAAAGAAAGGACAUGUGGAAUUUUGCCUUUACAUACUUGAAACAUUACCUGAUGUAAGUCUGACAGAAGUUGAUUCUCAGGGAGCAACAAUCUUGCAUUAUGCCUGUAAAUGGGGCACAGAGAGCAUCGUUACCAAGAUUUUAGAAAAGAGUACCAAGUUAGCAGAACGUGAAGACAAUGAGAAGAGAAAUCCAAUAGACUAUGCCAGAGCUAUGGGCCAGGUUGCUCUUAUCAAGGACCUAUCUGAAACAUUCAAAUUGAAAACGACAUUUAAAUGGACCAAGGAAAUCCUCCACUUUGGCUGGUUGCGAUACCUUUUGACAAGUAAUGGCACAGAAUCCCUUCCUCCCAUACAGUCUACAGACAUGUUGUACCCAACAAUAUCUGUCAAAAGGGAAGCAUGGACAAUUGAGUAUGCUUUGAGGCAAAGGAAUGACGAAGUUGCACUGGCAAUGAUCUUUGCGGCAGAAGGACAUAUUCUCACUGCAAUGACACAUUCGUAUGCAGAGGCACCCCUCAUACAUGUUGCAGCUAAAUAUGGCUCAUUAAAGGUAAUUGAUACUCUGCUAACAAGAAUAGAAGAGGAUCAGCAGACGCUGAGGACUAUAUUGCUGACAGAGAUUCGAGGGAAUAUCCCAUUGGCUUUAGCAGUGCAGAACAAACACAAGGAAUGUGUCAGACUAUUGAUAGAAAGACAAAACACAGUGGAAUGGGUGUCAAAGAGCACACGAGAAACCCUAUUUCAUGUGGCUGCUUUGACAGGGGACAAAGUAGUUCUGGAAAUGUUGAGAGAAAAAUCUGACCCACAGACUAUUCAUCUCAAAAACAAAUUUGGUAUGGAAGCUGGUCAAUAUAGCAUCGCCCUUGGUCAUCAGCACAUGACGUCACUGUUCUUUGAACAAGGUUUCCCUACCAAUUCUCAACACAGCUCCCAUAAGAAAACAGAUUACACAUGUCUCGAUUGUCUCCUUGACAGAUGUUUCGGCUGGUCUGAAGUAUACCUCCAUCAGCAAAAGACCAGUGGUCCCGAGAGGAACAUUUGGGAAAGAGGGAAAACAACUACAGGGUAUGUCUCAACCCCAGACAGUGCCCAAUCACAUACCCUUGAAACGUUGCUACAAUAUGCUGGUAUUUCAAAAGACGUUCGCAUUGUGAAAAGUGCACUGGCAUGCAUGGGAUAUAAAGAUGAUGUUGAUUUGGCAAGGCUGUUCCUGCUGCAAAGUAAGGGGAAUGAUCAAAUGUCAAACAUAUCACUUUGUUUGACAAAAGGAUGGGAAAGUACAACAAUUGCAAUUCUUGAACACACUAAAGCGACACUUGACCUUCCAUCUGUCUUGGACUCAGCAAUCGUAACUCACUCUGUGGAUGUUGUAAAAUUCAUUCUACAAAAAUAUCCAGAAGUUAUCAACAAAGAGAUCGAGGGAAUUACACCAUUGCAGACUGCAGUUAGUCUCCAAAUGUACGACAUAUAUGGGGAAAUACUGUCCCUGAUGCAACUGACUGACACAGAUCAAAGUCACUUUGCAAAUCUCUCUGAUAUAAAAGUGUGCCUCCCUAUUGUUGCAUGUUGGAAGACGGGAAUAUCACACCCUGGAGAUGAAACAUGGAUUCAGUCAAUGGCUGACGCAAGACUGAGUGAAGCAAGCUUUCUUAUGCUGAAAACCAACAAUCCAGAACUGAAAAAGAAGGUGGAAUCAUCUGCUACUGUGGAUUCAAUGCUGCCAGAAACGAUCAUUGGAAAACCAUUGAAAGUCGAUUUGGACAGUUUUAGAAAUAACAAACCAGUUGCUGUGUCCGAUUCCUGGUUGAUGACUGUAAUAGCUAGUUAUCUUACCACACUGACAUCAGUUUUAAACCAGGCACACAAUCUGGAAGAGAUGGACAAGAUAGAAAUCAUCUGCCUGUCAACUGGUACUGGAACGCCCUUCAAGGAAUUAGAUGGCAGAACACUUAAAGAUCACGUUGCACUUGACAGAACUGACCAGGCUGAUGACGGAGAACCUAUCCUUUCCAUAGCCUCAAGUGAAAGAGUUCCAAAUGAACUUCACAAUGAUGCUCAUUUCAAGGUUCUAGUGGAAAAAGAUAUUCUUUCCGAAGCAGAAAUAUUGGUGCAUGAGAUUGUUGGACACAGAGUGAAAAUUGAUGUGGACUGGGCUUCUUUUGACACAGUUGAUAUUGAGACAAGAUCAGCUUGCUACAGUUUGCUGGCAGGGAGAGAUCUCAACAGCAAGCUUGGAGGCCUUGUUGAUAUUCUAGGAAGAUGCAAAGAACUCUAUGAAGAUAUAUUAGCUUUGCAUGGAGAUACUGCCGUGGCAUGUAUUCAAGAUUUAUUUACUCCAUUGCAAACGAUUGUUGUAUCAAUGUCAACUACAAUGCCAUUGCCAAGAAAGAUCAUGUUCUUUCCUUGUGAAGAGUCGAUGCCUUGGGUUUUCAAUUAUAAGAAUGAUAAGUUUGAGUUUGUGGUACAGAACUUCCCAAUGUACAGUCGGCUCAAGGCAUAUCAGACCAUAUGUGUACAUUCAGCUGGUGGUGUUUGCAAGUUUUCACAAGAUGUUGAAACUGAAGCACAGAUAUCCUGGGUAGAUGUAUCUGUUGACUGGAAGUCAUUUUCAUCACUUGGAGACACAUCUAGCAUGUCGGUGUUUGGGCGAAAUGGAUUAAGAAUGGUGAUAUAUCAACUGAUUGUGGGAUUGAAACGCUUGCUCUGGUACACAACUAAACCCAAGAAGCUAAUCCUGAGAAAUGCUCCAGCUGCAUCGGAAGGUGCUCUCUUGAUGGAUGGCGAGGAGAUAACACUUACUCUGUUUCCAUCCCAGUCGCAGUCAGGGUUGACUAGUGGGGGGAUUGACAUCAAGUCUCAAUUGCAUAUAAUUGAAGUGAAGCAGCAAAUUGAAAAACAAAUUGAGACAGGAGGUCAAUUUGCAGGAUUCACUGAAUUAACUGGCAGAGAACUAAAUUAUUUUGAAAUGCCAUCUAGGGUUGUGGAGACCAUGGUCAAUUCUAGACAACCAGAGGAGAUCUACUUCAAGAACAUGGUUGAUACUCAAAUCAUUGAUAAAGCUGAGGAAUUGAUGACUGAACUGGUUGGGCAUACAGUGAAGGUUAAAGUGGAUUGGUCCUCCUUCAAUCCCAAACAUUCAGACGAUGAUAUCACAGUCUACAAUAUGCUAACAGGACGAGAUCCCAGCAAUGAACUUGGAGGACUACUGCAUGUUAUCAGAAGAUGCACAGACCUUAAUGAUGAUAUCUUUGCUCUUCAGGGCCAAACCAUCAUGGAAUCUCUCAAAGAUUUAUUUACACCUGUGAGGGAAAUUAUCAUCAAGCACACUGACAAUUUGACCAGGACAAACAAAACUAUGUUUUGUUUGAUUGAUCAGUCUAUGCCAUGGUACAUUAAUUUCAAGGAUGGAGUUUUAGGAUUUGUAGCAGAGAGUUUUCCUUUGUAUACCAUCUUAAAAGCAUGUCACUCAUUUUGUAUCAACAUGACUGGAGGUGUGAAGGAACUUGAAAGGAAUGUUGUGGACACGAAACCAACGUUAGAAGUAUCUGUUGACUGGAAAUCAUUUGGCAAUGUUGGGGACACACAGUCUUUGUCGAUACUUGGACGGAAUGGAAUACGGUUAGAGAUGCUACGCCUGGCUGCAGGACUAAAACAUCUUCUAAGGUACAAAUUCAGGGCAAGAAAAAUACUCCUGAAAAAUGCCCAAGUUUCAUCUGAAGUUGGCCUUAAAAUUGAUGGAGACGUCUUAAUAAUGACGGUGUAUGCACAACGAUCUCACACUGGUGGUUGGACCAGCACAGGUCUCGACAUAUACGCACAGCUGAAGGAAAUGGAGGUGCAGCAUGUACUGACAAGAGGAGCUGAAGAGGAUCUGAUACCAAAGAAGGAUCUGGUACUUCUGGCUGAAAAAUCAGGCUUCAGGUUUUUAAUACCUGUAGAGAAACGUAAAUGGCUUGAAGAGAUAGCCCAAAAAGAAAGUCGACAGUUGAGAGAUCCUUUAGAGUUACUUCAACUUUAUGCUGCAGAAUAUUAUACCAGUUCACCAGUUGAAAAGAUUGAACAAGAAUUGGUAGAAGGGAUUGAAGUGGCUUUGACUAUGUGUCCUGGCGUCUGGCCAGUACAACCUAAAGUUAAGCCAGGAAAUUUGAAGACCCUGACAAAACAACUUGAACCAGGUUUAUGGUGCUGGGUCACCAUGGCUGAGUUGGGCAAUGGUAUAUCCCAUGACAAAUUCCUCGUCAAUGUCAGAAGUGAAGGGUCAUGUGAAUAUGAUUUCAAACUGUUGCUGAAGGGUGAUGCAAAAUCAUUACCUACAACCAAAGUCAGUGGUGUAUGGUACCACCAGCCGUUUGACAAAAUGAAUGAUAUGAAAACAAUUGGAAGACUUCAGUUGAUCAGCUUUCUCGGUGUCUUAUAUCACAUCACAGACCCUUUUGAAGUUCUAAAGCUACUCCAGAAUAUACCAUCAAAGAUACAAAGGGGAUUAACAAGAUCGGAAAUCCAUGAGGAAGAACAAGGAACACUCUUCCUCCCUUUUGAUUCAUGGACUACACAUUUACGUAUAGGCCGUCCUCAUUUUGAUGUGGAUUGCAACCAUGGCAUAGCUCUUCAUCAAUGCUGGAAAAGAGGCUCAGAGCUCGGCAUUAAUAUUGUUAUUGAUACAGAUGACCUAAGAAGAUGUGGAUUCAAACCUGCCUCUAUAGAACGGAUUGCUAUGGAUGUAUCUACUACGCUUGAGACCUUCACUCCAGUGGUUGACUUGAUGACACAUCAGAAAAAUGAUCUUCUUUCGACCCAAGGAGUAUUGAGGAUCGGCAGUUCAAACAUGAUGGAUGACCAUACCCCGUGGACUGCUCAAGGAAUGGCACGUGAUGAUGAACAUUUCGGUAUAUAUCCUCUCUCAGAGAGUGAUCUGUAUUUGCUUUGUGACCCUGCUCUUGCAGUUUCUGAAGAAAAUGUCCAAAAGAAUGAGCAGGAACCAUUUGCCGUCCGAUUUGUAUUUCCCAAACUUCUUCCUAAAAGAAAAGGCUCAACACGUGACCCAAAGAAAACAUAUGUGUCUCCAAGAUUCGCUAACAUUCUUAACGUUACCCUUGGACACAUGUUUGUGUCAGACAAAAGCAGAAAACUUCUAAAUAUGAUAGAUGAUUUGUCUGCACGACACCCCCCAGUUACUUUUUCUUUCUUGGAACCAACUCCAGAUGAUAUCUUCCUUCCAUACGCUGAGACAGUUUUUAACAACAUAACCACAGCCUUCAGUUACUAUGCAUCAAAAUCGAAAGGAUUCAAACAUAAGUUUCCAAAGACACUGACAGAUAUCCAUGUUGUGGAAAAGACAAAAGAUUCAGAUUCAAAAAUUGUCAAAUUUGACAAAGAUGUCUUAACCAUAUUUGCUGUUCACAAAGGAAGAUUUACACCCAUAGCAGAUAUGAUCCGUGGUCUGGACAAUACUUUCGGCAAGGGCUUACUCUCAUCUAAUUGUAAUCUGGAUGAUCCUCAGCUUGCAAAGUUCACAGUUGAAGGAUAUAAAAAAUUUAAGAUGAGAGUGUCUGAUUUUCUUGGAGCUACUGUUACUGACUCCCUUUUAAAGAGGCUAGCAAAGAAUAAAUUGCUAAAACUGACUCUGUCUCAUGAAGGAAAGAUGGAAAAAGUUCUUAUCUCAUCUGAGCAUGUUUCAAAAGAGUCACUGACUCUUAAUUGUGACUGGACUGGAUUUGAGGAGGUGAAACUUGGUUCAAAUUGCAUGUUAUCUGUAAGUUUGAAUGAAAGAGAUUUGUAUAGACAAGUUGGAAAAGGCUGCGAAUUUAAUGCCAUACGAAUAGAAACAGGCAAAUCAUCCAAACAGGUAUCCCUAAAUGAAAGAGAAAACCCCACAUUAUUGCUGUUGCCUAGACAUGAGAAUAUCUGCUUGGGUGUAGGUUCAAAUGAUACAAAGUCACAAGACCAGAAACGGAAUGGGAACUGUGUAACAUAUAUUGAUAUGUCCACGGUCGAAUUCGAGGUCGUACACAAGGCCACCUUCAGAGUGCAGAAGGACACAGGGAAAAGUUGGCUCACAGUUGCAACAUCAAAUGACUCAUAUUUCAAAGGAGCAUAUUCCUUUCGAAUGGCACAGCCCAAACCACACAUGUUCAUUCGAGCUAGAUGUAAACUGUGCAAGUCACUUCUAGAACUCCACAGCGAAACAUCCACAACUUAUCCUGGAGAGUACCUCCAUGUUGUCUAUGACCCUCAUUCUACAAAGUAGACAUAUGUCUAUCUCACAUGUCAUUACAUGACAGUACGAUUUGACUGAAAUAUUGCCAAUGUUACGUUAAAUUUUAACUCACACACUCACUCACUCAUUAUAUGACAGGGUACAGUCGGCCCAGACUGGCCAAGUCGUCUCAAUUCGCGGUAUAGAAAUGCGUCCCUUCGAGCACGUCAGAAUCUAUGACCAUGGGAUCGAUUCCCGGUUUGCCCCUCAUAUGUUUCCAGGUUUGUCAGCACCAUACCCGUGCUCAUGAGUUUCACCAAAGUGGUAAACGUCCGCUACAUGCGUCACAAUAGACACAUUGAGCUGACACGCCCUGAUAUAACUAGAAUACUGUUCAAAGUGGCGUUAAAAACGCACUCACUCACUCAUUAUAUGACAAAUACUCUUGCCACAUUUUCAUUCUUAUAAUUCUAUGGGAUUCCCUUUGGAUAUCAUUACAGUUGGUAUAAUAUAUCUUCCAGUACUCAUAUAUCACCACGUUACGUGGACAUGACUAGAACUGGUAUUUUGACUGUUUAGGGAUGUUCAUCUACAAGAAUUUGUAAGAGGACGUGAUCAAAUACAGUCAUCACCUAAACUAUAUAUAUAGAUGUAUAGUAAAGCAUUGUCCACAUGAAUGCAUGUAUAGUUUACAUUAUUUAGGACAUUUUAGUUAAAUGUAUAUUAUUGAUAUUUCAGUAUUGUUUUUGUAAUAUGACUUUGUAACUUGUUUCACAACAAACUCAGCCCAAUUGUAUAAACUGUUUUCACAAAUUAUUUUGUUAUAGUUAGUCAAAUUACUUCAUUUUAUUGUAGAUAUAUUGCUAUAAAUAAUUUAUUGUUAUGUAUGUUGGAAUAUUGUUAGAGCAAAGAAGAAUGAUGCCAAUAGAGUCUUUUUGCAUGUUUUGUUUGUGCUGAUCGACAUCUGACAACCAAAUGUUGCAUAAAAUGAGGAUUUAGAAAUUUCAAAUUAUUGAUUGUAUCCUGUUUUGAGCAAAACCAUACACAUGGUAAAACUAGCAUUGUUUUUGUAUAUAAGUGUGUUUAUGUAUAUAUUAUAUAAGCAAAAUAUCUCGAGACCAUGCCGUUAUCUGACAUAUGGGAGAGUUUUGUGAACACUGGUUUGAAUAUAUAUUUAUUAAUAAUGAACGCCGUCAAUUUGCCAUGAUUCGUCAAUGUUCUAGAGGUUGCCAGGUGACAUUGGUAAAAUGUAUAGUAGUGUCUUUUCUUACCGCAGGUAUUAAGCAAGUACAUGUUAGCUGUUUGGUAAAUAAUGCACUAGUGUACACCAUUUGAUAUUUCAGACCUCUCCCUCGUUGUUUAAAGUACAGCAAUAAUAUUAUUGUGUUUUAUGAGUACAGAUGAGAGUUUUAGAUAUAUAUGCAGUAGUAAAGAUAUUUGAGUUCUCAAUUUACAAAAAGGAUAACAGUUAUUCUUUUGUCCAAGUAUAACCGAAGGGAGACAACCGGAUUGUAUCUCUUGCAUGCUGGUUGUUUCAUUGUUUUUCUCAAUAUUCAGAUAUGUUUGUAUUAUAUGUAUAUAUAUCAAAUGGACAGUUCUUGGGAUUAUUUUAAUUUGUUCCUUGUUUUCAUUUCAUGUCGUAGCAUUUAGUAGAAUUAGAAAUAUGCCUGCUACUGACGAUUGUCCUUUGAAUUUAGAUUUAAAAUUUGUAUUUACUUUGUACCUAAAAAAAUAUUUUUUACCUAAAAAAUAAUGUAAUGUAAAUAUGUGAUACUUAAAAGUAAUGGCUUUUUUCUAAGGCUAGAUUACACAAUGUAACUUUGAAUUUUGCUUUGGUAAUGAAACGAAUACAUCGUUCCUAACUAAUGUUAUAGUAUUAGUAAACAAACAUAUCAGUGUAAUUACUUUCCACACUGUAAAAAUUUCACUUCUACUAGUGUUCAUCACAACUACUUAUCAGUGUGCGUUAUAUAUUCAGGAUUUAUUACCAAGGUAUUACUGGUAUAGAUGACAUAUUUAUUCCAAAGACAUGUAAAAUCACAUGACGUUUAGAUAUUCUUCACAAUAACCAACAAAAAAAGACAAAUUAACACAUUUCUAAAGUGUAUGUACAGUUUCAGUAAUUCAAAAUACAAAAGUAUAGACAAAUGCUUCACUUGAAAUAUAGAAAUAUGGACAAGCUAGGUAUAUCAGUAUGUCAUGCAUCAUAUGAAUGCACGUACAUUGUAACAUAAACUAGGACAUUUUAGUUAAGCCUGUGACUGUAUUGUAUAUUUGUCCAGCAUUGUGUUUUUUUAAUAUAUGUAUUUUAUCAUUUUUUGAGAACCAUUUUAAUUAUUCAUUUUUUAAUGCAUAGUUUGUAUAGAGAUUCGGGUUAGAAUA